AUGAAGACUUCCAUUUUCUUGAUCUACUUUGUCUGGUUUUCGUUGGGAUGGGCUAUUCCUUCCAAGUUUUUAUCCACAAAUGACAACGUUAACAAUGUGGAAACGGUCGAUUACCCGUUCUACGUCCAGAAGUUCCCGUAUAGUAAAAAUUGUCGUGGGAAUGUUUCGUUCAUUAUGAAUCCUCCUACGGCUGGCGGAGAGAGUUUCAGCUUGUCUACAGAUUAUGCCGGCUCUAUUUUGACAGUUCCCUACAAUCGUUCCAGUAUUACAUGCACACAGAUUAAUGCAAAGAGGAAAAAAUGCUACAAAGGUACUGCUCGGAAAUGUACCAAGAUACCAAAUUUCAAUGCGACUGUUUCCGUAUUUAUGAGAGAUUCUUCUCAUAAACAUAUCAACGCCUCAGGAAUCUCCCAAUCUUACUAUAUGCUGACCCCAAAUAUGACAUAUGCAUAUUCCAAUUACACUUAUGGAUUAGAUGCGAACGGAACACUUUCGAAAUACGAUUACUAUCUUUAUCCUUGCGACGGUAAUCAAACCUGUCAAUUGAGGUACCAGAAAGAUGAACUAUGGCAAAAUGACCAAAAUCUACAGGAUGAAUUUUGGCAAUUUCUUGAUCCAGAAAUAUAUAAUGAAGACAACUUCUUAAGGUCUUUAAAUGCGCAAGUGAACGCAAGCAGGAAGCGUUCCAACUUACCUUAUAAAGCACCAAAUCUAAAGACUCCUGUAAGCCACAAAUCCUCCGCAUCCUUCAUCAGAGCCGGCAAGUUCCUAUACAUUUUCUUGGCCCUUGUCACGACUUUUUCUACAAUCCUGUAA